AUGAGCUUUCAAUUGAUCAGCAAUCUGAACUGCAUUGAUCCGCGUCAGCGACUUCAUUUCCUUCAGGACCUCUCUAAUCGGAUCGAAACCCUCAAGCAGCAGUUCGAGCCCAACAAGAGAAUAGCUGUAACUCCAGAGAAGCCGUCGGUGAUUUCACCACCGAAGAAGCAAGUUCCAAUCGAACAUGGGUUUAUCGAUCCGCGCAUGAUGCAUAUUCAACAGCAACAGCUCAAUUUUUUGGCUCAUCAAAAUUAUUUGCAGACCUUGCAUAAUAGUCGUCCAGCUCAAGAGCCUAAUAAGGCAUUCAAUCCGCCACUUGAUAUUGCAACUAUCAGCUACAAUAUUAUAAAGAAUCCGGAGAUUCAAGAAGCUCUUUCUGUCCUUCCACCGCUAGAUGACCCACAAUUGCGAAAAGAACGAGAUUCACUUCUCACCAAAAUUAUAUUUGCUCAUAACGGGGAGAUCACUUCGGAACAACUUCUUUCAUACCUACGCCAUCCUAUCAUUCAGUUCAAAGAGAACGGAAAAUUCGUGCCGAUCAACAAUCCGUUCUACGCGCAAACUCAAAUCCCGACUAUUCCGCCAAUGAGUUUGCAACCUGCGCCGCCAAGAAUGAUGGCUCCACCAUCUAUGCCACCCCAACCACGACUCAUUCCAGCAGCGAUUCCACCACCCCCGGUUCUGUUGCCACAGGUUCCGAUCGCUUCGAUUCAAGCUUUCCAAGAAAAAACCAAAACCGAGCCAGUCAAAGUUCCGAGCACACCUUCCGUUAGCCCAAUCAAGAUUGGGCUGAACCCUUCCACCAGCGGAUCAGCUUUUACCCCAAUUGAGAAGCCAAAUCCUCAGUGGUCCGUUAUUACAAUGGCACUUCCAACACAGCUAGUCUGCCGCUGUGGAUCCAAGAACUGCAACAAUAAAUUUAUGCCGCAGCUACAAGAGGAUUAUAGUUCCGAUGAAGAAGCCGCCAAUUUAACCAAAAAACAGAUUCAGGAGUUGAAAUGGAAGAAAUUAAAAAAUAAGAAGAAAAAGGAAUCAAAGAAACGUGCCAAAAAACAGGUCAAAGAUGAAAGUGUAAAAAUGGACGAAGUCGAAGAGAAGAAAAAAGAUGAAAAUUCCGAAGAUUCCGGUCUAGAUGUCGAAAUUGAGUAUGUUGGCGAAGAAAUUGAUGAAAAUGAUCCGACAUAUAAGUAUUAUGCCUCAGUUUUCGAAAAUUUCAAGAUUUCAACAGAUGGCGUCCCUGAGCAGCGCCAUCAUCCAGUAUCACGCGGUGAACGUGUAAAGGAUGAACUUGGAAAAGCUGGACAAGCUGAGCGAAUUUUGCAAGAAGAAAUGGAAGAACGCGCCAAAGAAAAUGAAGAGGAGAAACUAUCGCGAAGAAAAUUGCGGCUUUCGCUUCAACCAAGCAUUGCUAAGCUCAAAGAAUCUACUGUACGCCCCGAUGUGGUUGAAUGGGCCGAUGUUACAUCGCGCGAUCCUUUCCUUCUUGUUGCUCUAAAAUCCUAUCGCAACACCGUUCCAGUACCACGUCAUUGGAACGCGAAAAGGAAAUAUUUGGCGGGAAAGCGUGGAUUUGAAAGACCACCAUUUGAAUUGCCCGACUUCAUUAAAAGAACCGGAAUUCAAGAUAUGCGUGACGCAUUGCACGAAAAAGAAGAUCAUCAAAGUUUGAAAUCGAAAAUGAGAGAACGCACAAGACCGAAACUCGGUAAAAUUGACAUUGAUUACCAAAAGUUGCACGAUGCAUUCUUCAAAUGGCAAACAAAACCGCCAAUGACUAAAAUGGGAGAAUUGUAUUAUGAAGGAAAGGAAAUGGAAGCAAUGAUGCGCGACAAAAAACCAGGAGAAUUAACCGACGAGUUACGAAUCGCAUUGGGAAUGCCAAUAGGAUCGAACGCCUACAAAUUUCCUCCACCGUGGCUUAUUGCUAUGCAGAGAUAUGGACCACCGCCGAGCUAUCCAAAUAUUAAAAUACCUGGUUUAAAUGCACCGAUUCCAGAGGGAUGCGCAUUUGGUUAUCAUGCUGGUGGAUGGGGAAAACCACCCGUCGAUGAGUAUGGUCAGCCACUUUACGGAGAUGUCUUUGGCCUUCAAGCUCCAGCUUUCGAACCUGAAGACGAAUCAGCAAUCGAGCGUCGUUACUGGGGUGAAAUUGGUUCUGAUGAAAGCAGUGACGAUGACGAUGAAUCUGAUGAAGACGUUGAUAUGGAAGAUGAGGUUGUGGAGAAGGCUGAUGGAUUUGUUACGCCUGCACCGCCAGAAGGACUCGUCACUCCUUCUGGAAUUACAACAGGUGUUACUGGAUUGGAAACUCCGGAUACUAUUGAAUUGAGAAAGGGCAAAAGGACUGAAGAAAGUUCGUUGCAUGGAUCUGAUACUCCGGCUGCAGCAUAUCAUAUCAUUCCUGAGAAGAAGAAUGAUCGUAUUGGAAAUCAAAUGAUGGCUUCGACACAUACUUAUGAUCUUUCGAAAAAACAAGCAGUUCGCGAAGACGGUGUCGACAUUUCAUUGGAUCCCGAUGCAAUUGAUAUGGAUGAGGGAAAAUUGGCUGAACGCUACGAAGAACAACUGAGAAAGAGAAAAACUCGCGAUGAUGACGAUGAAGAUCGCGAAGAUUUGACUGAUAUGGUCGCUGAACACUCUGCCAAGCAGAAUAGAAAGCGAAAGGCACAAGAAGAGAAAAAGAACAAAUCAUCGUCGUCUUCAUCAUCCAGAAAAUUCAAAUUUUAG